AAUCGAAAAAAGAAAAAGAAUUGAAGAGAGAAAAGGAAAUUAAGCAAAAAAAGAAAAGGAAUCGAAAAAUGAAAAAGGAAUUGAAGAAAAGGAAAUCAAAAAAAAAGAAGAAAAAUCGAAAGAAAUCUGAAAAAAAAACUGAAAAAAAUGAAGAAAAAAACAAAACUAGGGCCCGAAUGAAAAAAACAAGGUAG